CUGCUCCCGGGAGAAUCCCGCGUUCUAGUUCCCUCUAAAGCUGUCGUGCUCAACCCUGCCAGAGCACUGCCGCAGGGAGACAGGGGCGCCCAGGCCUUCACAGCUGUGGCGCUGGCCACCGGGGAGCCAGGGCGCCUCUCCGGUCACCAUCGGUGGCUGUCAAGCUGGCCAGUGUACGCCUCUGCGUCCCUCUCUGCUUUGAUAUGCAAAGUCCACCUUUUUCUGGCUUUUGCAGUUUGGGGAAGAUGGUAACAGCUAAGCCAGGGAAAACACCGAUUCAGGUAUUACACGAAUACGGCAUGAAGACCAAGAACAUCCCGGUUUAUGAAUGUGAAAGAUCUGACGUGCAAAUACAUGUGCCCACUUUCACCUUCAGAGUAACCGUUGGUGACAUAACCUGCACAGGUGAAGGUACAAGUAAGAAGCUGGCGAAACAUAGAGCUGCAGAGGCUGCCAUAAACAUUUUGAAAGCCAAUGCAAGUAUUUGCUUUGCAGUUCCCGACCCUUUAAUGCCUGAUCCUUCCAAGCAACCGAAGAACCAGCUUAACCCUAUUGGUUCAUUACAGGAACUAGCUAUCCAUCAUGGCUGGAGACUUCCUGAAUAUACCCUUUCCCAGGAGGGAGGACCUGCUCAUAAGAGAGAAUAUACCACCAUUUGCAGGCUAGAGUCAUUUAUGGAAACUGGAAAGGGGGCAUCAAAAAAACAAGCCAAGAGAAAUGCUGCUGAGAAAUUUCUUGCCAAAUUUAGUAAAAUUUCUCCAGAGAACCAUAUUUCUCUAACAAAUAUGGUAGGGCAUUCUUUAGGAUGCACUUGGCAUUCUUUGAGGAAUUCUCCUGGUGAAAAGAUCAACUUACUGAAAAGAAGCCUCCUUAGUAUUCCAAAUACAGAUUACAUCCAGCUGCUUAGUGAAAUUGCCAAGGAACAAGGUUUUAACAUAACAUAUUUGGAUAUAGAAGAACUGAGUGCCAGCGGGCAGUAUCAGUGUCUCGCUGAACUGUCGACCAGUCCCAUCACAGUCUGCCACGGCUCGGGAAUCUCCUGCGGCAACGCCCAGAGUGACGCAGCGCACAAUGCUCUGCAGUAUCUGAAGAUAAUAGCAGAGAGGAAGUAAACUUGGUGCGCCUUAGAAAAUCCUUCAGUUGCACUUGAAGAGUUCUCCUCUCACUCCUUCCCAAGUAAAACUUUUACUGUAAUGUUUGUGAGUUGUUUCCAGAUCUCUCCAGAUCAAUCAACACUCCAGAUUUAAGUAUCUCCUGGUAGUUGUUACUAAGCUCUUUUUAUUGGGUUCAACUUUGUAUUGGUAUAUUGUAUUUAUAAACUUUGUACCACAAGGCAGGGCAUAGCACCCAUUUUACAGGGCCAGGCACAUAGGAGGAAGAAACUGCAUGUUUAAUGAUAACAAAAUAAAAAUACUGCUAGCAACAGUCUUACUGGUGCUUAAACUUUUGCACAAGGCUUUUUUGUAAAGGGACUUUGAAGGAAGCCCUUUAGGAUCAGAGUGUCGAGGGACAACAUUAAGAGGCUUUUACGGAAUGUAACUGUUAAUUUCAGGGAUCACAAUUGGCCUGCUGUGUAUUCAAAAUCAUGUAAUAAAGAGCUCUUGUUAUAA